GGAAUUGAAGGAUCUUUACUCUUACUUAAGGAUCUCUAGUGUGAGCCAAUCCCGCAAAAUUCCCACCAAUCGCAAGAUUCCCCCUCAUGUGGUAAAUGCAUUACAGCUCUUGACGUUGACACAUCUUUGACGAAUCUUGGGCGAUAGCUGUUAUAUAAGAAGUCAUUAUAAAAAGGGAACCGUUUCAGAAUCCGUCCGGUGAAGACCAUAACCUGUAAGCGGUGCUUGUUACAAUGAAAUUCCUUGUACUUUUAAGUAUUUUCGUCAAGCUGGUAGCCUCUCAAAUCAGCUUCAAGUCAUGUACCUUCAACGAAAUUUGUGUAUCCAUUCAAGACUGCCCCACGUACCAAGGUUACAGCAGUCUUCCGUUCCGAAAUUGGCCUCAAGACGUCCAGAAGCUGGCCAAAAGUAAUCUGUGCAACAAUGAAAUGAUCAACCGGACUCCGGUGCUCAGCGUCUGUUGUCCUUCGCCGUUGAACUCUCGAAGGUGCGGCAUAAAGACCGACGAUCGGAUAGUAGCCAAGGGAACCGUGGCGAACGUGUUCGAGUUCCCGUGGAUGGUGCUGCUGUACAGCCGGACGGAAAGGUUCGUGUGCGGUGGCACGCUGGUCAGUGCCCGAUACGUCCUGACGGCAGGUCACUGCGUCAACUCGGAGGAAUCCAAAAUCAUCUCCGUUAGGGUAGGGGAAAACGACAUAACCCAGCCAAUUGACUGCAACGUGGUUGACGGCGAGCCGGACUGUGCUCCUGCACCGCAGGACAUCAACGUGGAGCAGAUCAUUCGACAUCCGGGUCGCUCAAAGAAGAACGAUAUCGCGUUGCUACGACUGGAACGUCCCGCAGUUCUUGGAGACAGUGUCAUCCCGAUCUGCCUCCCAAAUGGAUCCCCCGAGCAGCGCAUCGUGGAUUCCUCCUUCCUUGUAGUGUCCGGCUGGGGUCUGACCGAAAAUGGGACGUCCUUCGAUGUGCUCCGCUAUGCGCGGGUCCCCCCGGUAAGCCUCGAAGACUGUGGCAUUAAGUUGCGAGGUCUGGAUGCGACGCUGCGGCUAGAUCAGAGCCAAAUUUGUGCCGGCGGAGUUGACCAGAUUGACAAUUGUGCCGGUGACUCGGGAGGGCCGCUGCAGAUCAUCUCGAACCAAUCCUCGCGGUAUAUCCAGUACGGGGUGGUUUCGUACGGGCUGAAGAGCUGUGGCGUGCAGGACGAGCCCGGGGUGUACACCAAUGUUGUGUACUAUAUGAAGUGGAUCUUCCAGAAUGUUUUGGAAUGAAUGACUGAUUAGUAAGAGAAAUAAUUAUUAUUUUUAUCGCUUAUCAUCGGAGUUCCGUAACAUUGGUCCAGUGGCUUUUUUCGAGGAUUUUUAUUUUCCCGUAUAAUCUUAGGUAACUCUGAGCAACUUUUGUGUUACGGAAAACUAUACUUCUCUUGUUUUCAUUCAUUUUUGAUUUUAUUUUUCUUGUUGGGUUUUAUUGGUAGUUUUAGGUUAGUUAGUUAGUUGUCUUUAUUAACGAGCCUUUCAGUUUUAAACGCUGGUUCGGCUUGGUGGCAGUGUUAGGUCUAUUCUAUUCUCCAAUAACUAUCUUUUGUAGAUAUGUUUGCUAUUUUCAUAUUUUUUCACAUUUUUGGAUAUAAACUUUAGCCUUUGUUUUGAAGUCGCAAAAAAUUGUGACUGCAUACCUACUAGGGUGGUCCAAAUCCGGACUUUUUUGGGCCUACCCCCUGAAAUCAAUGAUUGACCCAUCACUAGGCUAAAUUCCAAAUUUGAGCUCAUUCUGACCACGGGAACCCCUCCCUCCAAUCGUUUAAAGUUUGUAUGGGAAAAAUCGUCAAAAUGUAUGGAGAAAAGCAACUGUUUUACUUUUUUACCUGUGGAAGGCGCCAUAAUUAUCCGAUUCUUACCAUUUCUCAAAAGUAGAUCCUUCAUUAAAUUUAGAACAACUGUCCCGAAGACACCAUAUUUUUAGGAUUUUUUUCCCGCGAAGUUAUUAGCGCCCAAAACUGACCCUUUUUGCGCGGCCAGCUGUAAGGGGCUACCUAACAAGGAUGUUUAUUUCCAAUUCGUACACGCACGUGCUCUCUCUCAGGUUCAAACUCUCUCACGAGCUUGCUCGCCUGCCUGCCUGCCUGUUUGCCUAUAAGCGCGCGUUGUUUCUCUGCUUGGACUUUUGUCGUCGUCGUCGUCGUUUUCGUUUGCCGUCCGCUGCGCUGUGUUCCUGCAUGUUUAUUAAAAUUUUGAACUAAAAUACCAGGUUUGUUUUGAGAUAUAAAAUUUAAUGUAAUAUGUGAUCAACAAUAGAUAUCAUAUUAUAAGAGCGUGUGAGAGAGAAUACAAAUUUGAUGAAUUAGUUCAUCCAUGAAUCGCAUACUCAGAGGACCUUUCAUCAGGCAAUCGUUAUUCGCUCGAAGUGAUUUUUUUCAACCUUGGUUCUGAUCCAAACCUAAUUGCAAACGUUUUGGAUUUUAAUUUAUCUGCUUUUGUUACAAGAAAUACCAUGCAGUUUUUUUUAGAUAAAAAGGAAGGAAUUUUCUUUAGAUUUUUUUUUUUUUAACUGAAUCCAAAUGAGUACCUUAAAGGAAGGCCGCAACUGCAAGAUCUGAAGGUAGUUAACGAUUGUGCAGAAAGAGAUGUUUCCUGAAUCGAAAAAUUUAAAGGUAAACUGACAAAAAAUUGUAAACAGUUGCAAUAUUUGUUGCAGGUGGUCUAAGAACACAGAAAGAAAUUUCCAGGAAGAAUAAAAAAAUAAUUUUAGAGAGUAUGAAUGAAAAUUUGCAGCAAUAAUUGUAAAAUUGCCUUGAUUUGUUCUGAUUUGUACUAAAGUAUAUUUUUGUUAAAGCAAACUACCUAAACGAACAACAUUUGUAUUACCUGAAGAUUUUUUUUUAAAUAAUUGAAUCAUUAUCAUGUUUCAUUAGCAUAUACGAAAAACUGCGUGUAAUGCUUGGAAAAACAAACAAACCCUGUUCUCAUGACAUUUGCUGUAUUUUUUUAAUUGAGCCUAAGCUGUCUUUUCUUUAAACUUUUUUUUCAGCGCAGUUUUAUUUAUUUUUGACAUAAUUUAAGAAUUUAUAUGCCAAAUAUAUCUCAAAACAAUCCUGCUAUUUAGGUUGAAAAUUAUAAUAAACAUGCCAGAAACGCAGCGCAGCGGUUGACAAACGAAAACGACGACGACGACGACAAAAGUCCAAGCAGAGAAACAACGCGCGCUUGUAGGCAAACAGGCAGGCAGGCAGGCGAGCAAGCUCGUGAGAGAGUUUGAACCUGAGAGAGAGCACGUGCGUGUACGAAUUGGAAAUAAACAUCGUUGUUAGGUAGCCCCUUACAGCUGGCCGCGCAAAAAGGGUCAGUUUUGGGCGCUAAUAACUUCGCGAGAAAAAUCUUAAAAAUAUAGUGUCUUCGGGAAAGUUGUUCUAAAUUUAAUGAAGGUUCUACAUUUGAGAAAUGGUAAGAAUCGGAUAACUAUGGCGCCUUCCACAGGUAAAAAAGUAAAACAGUUGCUUUUCUCCAUACAUUUUGACGAUUUUUCCCAUACAAACUUUAAGCGAUUGGAGGGAGGGGUUCCCGUGGUCAGAAUUAGCUCAAAUUUGGAAUUUAGCCUAGUGAUGGGUCAAUCUUUGAUUUCAGGGGGUAGUCCCAAAAAAGUCCGGAUUUGGACCACCCUAAUACCUACUUAUUUUGACUUGAAAUGAAGUGGAUAUUAACAACAACAUACAAACAUACAAAUAGAUCACAGAGGGGUCUAGCUCAUUUCCCCGAAUGCCAUUUCCCCUAUUUGGCCACAUCCUCGAAUACCUCUUUGCCUAAUCAGCCACAUCCCCGAAUGCCAUUUCCCCGAAAAUCAUUUCCCCUAAUUGGCCACAUCCCCGAAUACCACUUUGCCUAAUCAGCCACAUCCCCGAAUGCCAUUUCCCUGAAUAUCAUUUCCCCUAAUCGGCUAUAUCCCCGAUUGCCAUUUCCCCUAAUCGGCCAUUCCUCCGAAUGCCAUUUCCCCGACACUUACGCCAAUUUCCGUUUAUUUAAAUUUAAAUUUUCCCAAAUUUUCAUAACCCCUAUUCAUCAUUUUCGCCAAAGCCUUUUUGCAUUUUUAUUUUCUUUCUCAAUUUUUCCGAACAAACAGCUUUUUCGGGUAUGCUGUUGAUUAAAUGUUAUAAAUUGGGUAGUAAAGCUCUUUGUCAAUUUUUAUGAAGAACGGUAAGAAACACGAUUAAAAACCAUUUCUGAUAACUUUUUUUUUUCAUUUUUAUGCACAAGACAAGACAAUUUUUUUUCGAUUGAUCAACUAUGGUCCCGUUGGAACAAGCUAUCAAGUAGGAGCUUUUCUGCCAAGAAGGAAUGGAAUUAAACAUCCAUUUUAAAUACUUUGCGGUCGUUCAAAGGUCAACCUAGAAAAAUAAGCUUUAUCGUUGUGAACAAUAGGGGAGUGUGGGGUAAUUUGGACACCCUAAGGAAAUUGCUCUGUUACGGGCUGUAUGGAUAUUUUAAAGGAAUGUGGAUGACACCAGAGGAUAAUAGAGACCAUAUUUGAUGGAAAAAUGUCAUUCAUUUCGAUAAAUUUUGAUGAAAAACCCAUU